GUGCUCCGCGUGGAGGCCCGCGUGCAGCACCCCGCGAGUGGCUCGCUGCUCACCGCGCCGCUUACGCAGCAGGGCUGCGUGAUCUACUCGACGGUGGUGUCCCGGCAGCUGCACGACGGCAUGCGCCCGCCCGUGGCCAUGGCCUUCGCCAGCGUCGACUUCUGCGUGGCGCUCGCG